GCCGUGAGGCCCCGGCAGGCCGCGCCCGCCCCUCGCGCGCAGGCGCGGCGGGGCCACGCGCGGGGCGGGUUUGAACCGUGGCGGGCGCUGCGAGCUCCCGAGCCGUGCCGCCAAUGGAGCCCGUCCUGAAAGGUAUUUCUGCCUUUGUAGAAGUUUGGUCGUCUAACAGAACUGAAAAUUACUCAAAAACCUUUGAACAGCAGCUUCUUGAUAUGGGAGCAAAAGUUUCAAAAACUUUGAACAAGCACGUAACCCAUGUGGUCUUCAAAGAUGGACGUUUGACUACAUGGAAGAAAGCACAGAAGAUGGGUGUAAAAAUAGUUUCUGUACUCUGGGUGGAAAUGUGUCAAGAAACUGGAGUACGUGUUGAUGAAUCCCUAUUUCCUGCAGUAGACACUAAUGAAGGAUUACUACUAUCAGUCAAAAAACACAAAUGUAUGCAGCCAAAAGACUAUAUUGAAAAAACUCCAGAAAAUAAUGUAAAGCUUCAGAGAAGACUGAACCAAAUGGCUAAGGAAUUAGCUUUACAAAAGACAGCAGUUAUUGCUGAAACAGAUGUACCAGUUUUAUUAUUUGAAGACAAUGGUUCACUUAUAUACAGCCCUGUUAAUAAGGUCAAAGAUCAAUGCAAUACAAUGGAAAGAAGGAUAAGUGAUAUGAAGGAAAAAAGAGAGAAUCUUUCUCCUAUUGGUUCACAGAUGAUUCAAACACUUCCAAGUAGGUCAGCAGGAGACUGCCCACUUUCUACUUGUAUCUUACCUAAUUCAGAAGAUGCGCUGCUACCCGAAGAACAAAUGGAAGCCUGCUUGAACUCAAGUUGUGAUUAUCUUCAGAGCCCUGAAACGUUAAAGAGACAGAGAGGAGAAGUAGCAGAACGUGCCUGUGAUACUUGGACUGAUAUUUGUGUAUCCAUGAGUGCAUCAGUGAACUCUCCAUCACAUGACAAUGAGCAGAAAAGCUUAACACCAAAACGAGGUCCCAGAAGUUUAACAAAGAAACAGAUUGUACAGCACAUUUUGGGUGACAGAUUGUCUUUUGGAAAGAAACAUUUAAAGUUUCCAAAGAAAAAUCAGAAAAAGAAGAAAAAUACUGCUUCAAUUGCAAAUGAAAGUUCUCUUCUCAAGGACUUUGGUGAUUGUACUCCUUCCAAAAAAAUAGUCCAGUUAAAUACUAUUCCUGCUUUGAUAGACAGUCUCUCUAAUUCACCUGUGAAUAGUGAAGACUUAAAUGCUUGUUCACUGGAUAAAAGCUUCCCUGUUGACAGAAAUGAUUGUGUUCUUAAAGACAAGAAGAGGAAGAAACAACAAACAUUACAAAGUUUGAAGCUGUCUAUCUCAGAACUGGGUGCAUCAGGUUCUAUGGGGUUUUUGCAAGCAGUUACUACACAUAACAAGUCUUACUGCACUGAAGAGGCUUCUUAUGAAGACUUCUUUUCAUCAUCUAAUUCAAAUGAAAAUGAAGUACAGAUACAAGUACCAAACGAAUCACAGAAUCCUCCUGAAGUUUGUUGCAAAGACUCUUCUACAAGCAUGGACCUACAUGAUGUGAGUUUCUGUGAGCUAUAUAAUACAACUAAGAAAAGUAGAAAGAUGUCUAUUUCAGUGAAUAAUUUUCCAGUAAAGCAAAAAAACGAACCAGCUGAACAUCUGGAAAGCAUACCAUUAAAUGUGUCAGGUGGUGAAGAAGAUGACACUGGAGAAGCUCUGGAUGGUGAUGAUGUGAACAGGCUGCCACAGCAUGCUCAGGAAAAAUCCUACAGCAGUGUGAAUGACUGUGCUCAUACUACUGGUGGUGAAAAUGAAGUUUCAGAGUGUCAUGUUACUGAUGGCUCUUGCAAAAUUUUUAACAAAUAAAAGAAUAAGCCCACUGGGGGUGUAAGAAAAGCUGGAAGACUUCAAAAGGCAUGCUUAUUGUACUGUUAACAUGGAAGAUGUCUAAUCAAAUAUAUGUAAAAAUGUACUGUCAGCAACAAAAGCCAUGAAGACAGAACAGUUUAUAAUGGCAGCUGCAUGCAUGUUUGGGAAAGAUAAGUAAGAUUUUCAGGAAUCUUCAAUGGCUUCAGAAAAAAGGUUUUUGAAUUUAAAACAACAUCACCACCACCCCAAAGCCAGGACUUUUGGUGUGUUUAAAGGCAGUGCAUACAGAAAAAUUUAUGAAAUUGAGUCUUAGUUUUGAGACAGAGUUGGUAAGGAUAAACACUGUCAAUUAAUGCUUAUGAAUGUCAGCAGGUGGCUUCCCUGAUCUAGAAAUCUGAGUUGAUGAUACUGGAUUGCAGGGAUAAAAUAAACCCUUUAUGCACUGUGAUGUGUUUCUCAAUUUUCCAUGAAAUUGGAUACGUAGUUCUUUGUUGCUUUGCAUGGGGAUGACAAAGUGAAAUAGCUAAAAUUAAAGGCAAAAAUAUAUUCAAACAGUACUGGUAUGUAUUUACAGUAGUGGUGAACUGUUGAGUGCUCAUUUCAUUGCUUAUUGUCACAAAAACAUUUACAUUACACCUAUUGCAUGUCACAAAUUAAAUAUUUUAUACUUUUAAAAAAUAAGAGACUCAUUAUUAUUAACCAGUUAACUGCCAUUUCUAUCCAAAUAAGUUGGUUUUAUCAUUUUCGAGAAAUAUGAGAGGUGAUGGAUGUCUUUUAAAACAUCUAAAAGUCUCACAUCAAAAGUCUCACAUCACUAGAAAUGCAAUUGGAAUAAAUUGUAAAGUUAAAAAAACCCUUUAAAAUACUGUUUUCUGAGUGAAAAGAAGAAAUCCUUUAACCAUGUGAAAAAAAAACCAGUUAAGUGUCAUGAGGGAUGAUUAAAAACAUAUUUUUACAAAGAAGACAGUAUGGACUUAACUGAAAUUCCUUCAGUUUUGUUUUUAAACAGAUUCAUCUUGGCUUGUAUUUCUGUAGCUCUUGGAUUUGGGUGAAGGAACAUCAACAUUGAACUUAAAUUAUUUUUUGAGAGAAGAUUUUUACAAGCAAUCUAAGCUCAUGCUGUGGAACAAAUAGUGUGAGCAGGCCAUUAUUAGAUCGUGUUAUCACAAUUCUUUAUAAAAUUACUUUAUUCAUGGCAAACCAAAUUUUAAUAUCCUGAAAAUCUAUAAGUAUAAAACACGAAGCAUCUUGCCAGACAUUCAGUAAAGUAACUUUAUGGCUAUAUUUUAUAUGUGCAUACAUCAACCUAUCUUAGAUUGUAUUGGUUUAGGGGACAACAUCAUUUUAUGUUUUUCUUCCAGUUUUGAUUUGUAGUUGCUUUGAAUAGGUAAUAUUUUAAAUACUGAUACUUUAAAUGUUAUUGACUUCAAGAAGAAAUUGAAUAGAACAGUGAAUUAGACAAGGUGGAAGCAUGCAAGCUCCAUUACAGUUAACAAAGAAAAAACUGGAACUACCUACCUUUAUGGUUUGGGGAAAAUGCUUGAUGUAAUGGGGGGGUCAGAGGAUAGGAGCUUGAAGGAAGCCUAUGAAUCCCAUGGUUUGGGACAGUUUUAAAAAUACUUCUAUAUGGUUAAUCCAUGACUAUUUUCACUCAAACUUUGCAAUGCAAUUCUGGUUCUGGACUUUCUCCAGCUAGUGAAUUUGUCCCCCACGCUUCUCCCACAUGAAGUGGAGGGCUUAAAGACAGAAGCCAUACCCUUGGCAUCUGCUGCUGUACCUUACAUUGCAUACUUUGGGCCAUAUCCUAAUGUCAUCAGCUUUGUUAUCACCCCUUAGAGAUAUUACCAUUCCUGACAGGAUUAUCUCCUGUAGAGAUGAACCUAAUGGUUGAUUUAUGACCUUGGGUCCCUAGAAAUCAUUCUCUUUGUGAUGAGUUUCAUAUUAGCUAUUUUGGGACUACCUACUGAAGUGCUAUGGUCUAUUUCUUAAUUUUUAAAAAAAGUGUCUCUUAAAAUCAGUACCUUUCUAGGGCAAAAGGCACAUGCUCCUCUCAGCUCAAGCUGUUUCCUGUUGUUCCAGGGACACUUGCAGCUGGUGUUCACACUCUUGUACGUGUUGCUUUUUGAAACACUGGAAAUGUGCUGUGACAGUGAAACCUGAGGUGGUUGUAGCUUGUCAUCUUAGCAGCCAGGAUAGUAAAGAUCCAGGAACUGAAUUUGUCCAAUUUUUUGUAUAAAAUUGUCACUAAAUUUCUGUUACUCAACAAAUUAACAUAUUGGUUAUUUUUGGAACCUUCUUCUAAAAGAAGACAUAGAGACCUAAGGAGGUGGAGAGUUUUGCUUUUUUUUUUGUUUGUUUGUUUGUUUUCAUAGAAUUAAGGGGAAAAAUCCCCACUUCAUUGUUGUUUGGUUUUUUUUUCCAGAAGACUGGUAGGUUUGGUGACUUUUGAUUAAGGGGCUAUGUGGCUUCAUUAAAUUCAGAACAUAUUUUUUAUUACUAUUUUUAGGCAAGUAGGAAAUUGCUCAAGGUCUAUCUAUAGUGAAUGAUAGAUAAGGAUAAGCACCAAGAGUAACAUCCUGGAAUCUCAAGUUAUUUGAAAUACAUCUAUGUUAUCUCUAUAAUUUUAAAUAAAAGUCUGUGGCACUCUUGGAUUUAAUGGUGGGAGGAAGGCUUAGGUGCAAAAAGCAAAUGCAGCUUUCUGGCUCGGAGCAUGAGGGGAACAGUACAGAAACAGUGUGCAAGAAGUCAGAUCACUGAGUCCAUGUUUGAAGCAUACCUCACUGCUGAAGAUGUGUAUGUACGCUGUUCUUUGCUAGUUUUGAGAUGCACUGUGUUCACAACCUUCAUGCCAGAAAACCACAUAAUCCACUGGACUGCAGCUGCUUGGCAGAGAAUAACUGCAGAACUCAAACUGUUUUCCCUCUUGGAAUUAGAAAUUAUCAGAGGAAAAGCAACUGCUGCUGAGAUCCUGUUUUUUAUUUGGG